AUGAACUUGAGGCCCACUUCGAAGAGCUCAUUCUCAACAAGGUACCCAGAACCUUCAAUGGUGGCUAGGGCGGUGGAUUAUCCAACCCAGUAUCUAUUGCGGCCUUGUUCUUCUGCCCAGGACCGCCUGCGCGGGGCACCCCACACCUGCGUCCAGGUUCCAGAAUUUGUUGUCAUCCAGGCGGAAACCUCGAGGAGAGGCCCAGCUGUGCCCGCUGCCUGGCCCGAGACUAAUUGGGAGGUAUUUUACCGGGGAGCCCUGCAGGCACAGAGGAAACCGUUUUGCUGCCUGAAGCCUGCCCUGCGACCAACUCAGCCAGUCCCCAUGUCUGCCCCUGGCGAAAAGAGCAGGCCCUUCCACAUGUACCACCCAGGUUUGGCCACAGCCCCCACAGGUGCCAAGAGGCCUUUUGGGACCAGCAGCAGCCAGUCCAACAAUGGUCCCAAGCUCAGCAGUGGACCUCAGAUGUGCAAGUGGUCAGGGGUGACAUCCCAGACCACCCCCAUUGCCUCCGUGCGAAUGGCUCAUGGCCCAUCUUCACAGGGUUUAAGGAAACCCAUCAUGCCCAAAGCAUGUAAGGGCAAAGUUUCGAUGGCCAUCCGCCAACGCUAUUUCAACCAGUUCAUGGAGGAGUGUCUUAAGUUCUCGUCGCACCGGGAGGCGGUAGAGACUGCGUGGAUCGAGGAGCUGGUGGCUUACGACAGCAGCCCCAACGAGAACACCUAUCUGCUCCUCGCCCUGAACACGCUCAGGAAGCUGAGGGGUCUGGUCCCCAGCGUGGUGCCAGGUCUCAACCGGGCAGCCCUGUACCGCCGCCUCCAGGACUACCUGCUCACCGAGGACCAGCUCAAGGUGAACGGCUACCCCUUCCCACACCCCAAGACGCCGGGGGCCGCCUUCCUCUUCACCGUGGAGGAGAAGCCCAAGAAGGGUCGCAGGAUCUGCUGCCGCUGUGGCUCGGAGUUCGCCGUGUCCUCCUCUGGCCGCUGUGUAUGCAACGAGGUUUGUCACUACCACUGGGGACGGCUCCACCGGAACCUGCUGGCUGGUGGCUGGGAGACCCGAUACACCUGCUGCUUCGCGGCUUUGGGCUCCGUCGGCUGUCGGGUCGCAUGGCAACACGUCCGGGAUGGCAGGAAAGAAAACCUUGAAGGGUUUGUGAAGACGGUUGAGAAACCAUUUUUAGAAGACGCCCACGCAGGAAUCUACGCCCUGGAUUGCGAGAUGUCCUACACCACGCACGGCCUGGAGCUGACUCGCAUCACCGUGGUAGACACAGAGAUGCAGGUGAUUUAUGACACCUUCGUCAAGCCGGACAACGAGAUCGUCGACUACAACACCAGGUUUUCGGGGGUGACCGAGGAAGACAUUGCCUUCACCAGCACCAACCUGCGAGAUGUCCAGGCUGUCCUGCUGACCUUGUUCAGCGCGGACACCAUCCUUAUCGGACACAGCCUGGAGAGCGACCUGCUAGCCUUGAAGGUCAUCCACAAAACGGUGGUGGACACCUCUGUGCUCUUUCCCCAUCGCCGGGGCUUCCCCUACAAGCGCUCCUUACGGAACCUCAUGUCCAGCUACCUUAACCAGAUCAUCCAAGACAGCGUGAAUGGACACAGCUCUAGAGAGGAUGCCAGCGCCUGCAUGAACCUAGUGCUCUGGAAGAUGCAAGAAGACGCCAAGACCAGCCGUGCCUACUGA